AUGGCAUCUUUAGGUCGAGAUUGCAUCUCGACUCCAGCUCUAGGUAGUGACAUUAUAAAAAUGUUUCCUUGCUGCACGAUGCACGAUAUUAUUGGCUUCUUUAAUGCCUCCGAAAAGUGUAUAUUCUCAGCGACAGCCGCACGCCAUUCGAUGCUAUUGAAUUUAUCACAAUUUGUAAAUGGUUUAAACGCCCAGCGCAUUAAUGUUGGCGAUCAAAAUAUUUGGGCUUCAAGCCGCAUCUAUUUGGAAUAA